AUGACUGCCAGCUGGCGUCGCUUGGGAGGUCUAACUGCUCAGUAUGAGAAGAAACUUGACGAGCAGCUUAAGGUGUCCGAGGAAAUACACGCUGAGGAGAUCAGGGCAACUAAGGAAAAAUAUAAUGAGCAACUCGAGGCAUCCAAGGUGAAAUACUCCGAGCAACUUGAGGCAGCUAAGAAGAAAAAUGAUGUCUUGCUCGAGGAGAAGACCACGCUGGCCGAAGAGUUGAAACAACAUCAGGCAACCUUGGCCAAGGUCAUUGAGACGAAAGAGAAGUACAAGGAGUCUUCUAAACUUAACUACCAGGAAGCCUCUAAACUCCAAGAUGACCUGGUCAUUAGUAGAAAAGAGACUGAGGGGUUGGAGGAGUGCGUCAAAGAGCUCGAGGAGACCAAUGCGAGCAACUUGGAGAGACUUCAGCUAUCUCUCAUUCGCCUUGAAGAAGAGGAGAGAGCGAAAAUACCAGCCUCCCUUGAAAUCUCCUUGGCUAUGGGCAUUGAUGGCAUUGAAGAGGAAGUUAAGGCCUCUGUCAACUAG